AUGUCAAAUUCAUUGAGUAAUAAAACUUGGUUGGAUGACUUGACGAAAAUUCAAGACUCUCGAAAUAUAAAAAACGAAACUGUGGAUCCUUGUGAAAACUUUUACGAAUUUUCAUGCGGAAAAUUCGCCUCUUUCAAAACGAAUUUAACACAUACAUCAUACUUAGAGGAUAAUUUUCAAGAUUUCUGUGAUGAACUAAUCGGAAUCAUAAACGAGACAAGGAAAUCUGAAAAUUUAACAGAUCUACUAAAAAAUUUCUUCAUUUUUUACGACAGUAUUCAAGAUUACGGAUAUAAUGAAACCACGGGGGAUGAGUGGAAAAAGAAUUAUUUUAAUGAAAACUUGGGAGGAUGUCCACACUUCGAUGAAAAUUGGGACGAAUAUAAUUAUAAUUUAGAAGAAAAUUUCGCAAAAUUUAUUAAAUUAUCUAAAGACACUUUGAUUUCGGUUGAACCAGACGUUAGAAACACAGAAAGAAAUAUAAUUACUAUUUCGGCUCCAAUUAUACCAAUAGAAAAUCAAAUUAAAACAAAUUAUUUCGAUUCUAAUAAAUGGAUAAAUGCUAGUUCUUCGCUAACAUAUGAAAAUUACGUAAACAACAUAGAACCUGAUUUUAUGACUGUAGAGGAAUUACAGAAAUUUAUUCCAGAAAUUAAUUGGGAGAAUUUAUUCAAUUACAUUUUUGAAGAUGUCGACUUACCUGAAAAAUCAAAUAUAACUUCUCAGACAGAAAUUAUGAUAUGGAGAAAAAAUAAUUUAUUAGAGUUUUUCGAGGUGAAUAAGACGAACAGUUUUAAAAGGUAA